UUAUUUAAAAUCUGGACAUUUUUCCAAUCUAGAUUCAGUUCAAAUUUGCAACAUCACAGAAAUAUGAAGCUUCAAUUGCUCUUCUUUGCUACGUUGAUUUCGUUAACGUACUGCGAACAAUUUUCUUAUGAAGGUUAUAAGGUUUGGUCAGUUACCCCCGAUUCAGAUGAACAGGGAAGGCUUCUGUUGCAAUGGGAGGACAAUGCGUCUAUUGAUUUCUGGGAGCAAAUUUCUAGAAUAGGAUUAUCAAGCCGCAUUAUGGCCGCACCAGACAUUCAGCUGGAAUUUGAAAUUUUUUUGAACGACAAUAAAAUCAAACAUAAGUUGAUCAUCGAUGAUGUAGAAAGAGUAUUUCAACGUGAACGACGCGAUCUUCAAGAAAAUAAACUACACCAACUGGAGCCUAAUAGCCGUACAGGUGCUGGAAAUUUUAAUCUUUUUUGGACGUUUCCUGAAAUCAACAGAUACAUCACCCAAUUGACAAUGCUUUAUGGUGACCUUUGUCACACUGAAACCGUCGGUUUCAGCUACGAAGGGAGAGCGAUUAGAGCGCUGAAAAUUGGUAGAUUCGAUGGAACUAAGCCGAUUGUGUUCUUUGAAGCGGGAGUACAUGCUCGGGAAUGGAUUGCCCCGAUGACUGCGCUGUAUCUCAUCGAACAGUUAGUGAUUCAUCACAAUGUGCACACUGAAUUGCAAAGCAUCGACGUUAUCGUGAUUCCAGUACUCAAUCCAGAUGGUUACGAAUAUUCAAUCGCACACCAACGACUAUGGAGAAAAACCAGACGUCCAAAUGCGAAUAGCACUUGUAUUGGAGUAGAUGCUAACAGAAAUUUUGGACACGAAUGGAGGGUCUCCACUAAUCCAUGCAGUGAGACGUACGGUGGUGUAGCUCCAUUUUCAGAGCCUGAAGCAGCUCUCGUUCGAGAUUUAUAUGCACGUUAUGAGGGUCAAAUUAAAUUGCAUAUCGGUAUUCAUUCUUACGGCCAAUACUUCCUGUAUCCCUGGGGAUAUGAUUUCGUCAACAUUGACAAUUGGGAAGAACAUGACCUUGUGGGCAACAGUUUUGCCGAUGCCAUUUACAGUGUGAACGGAACAACAUUUAGAGUUGGCAAUGCUGCUAUGCUAUUAUAUACUGCAUUCGGAGGGGGCAGUGACUAUGCGGCGUUUCAGGGCAUAGAUAUGUCAGCAACUAUAGAACUUCCGGGAGGAGGAGAUUAUGGAUUUGAUUUACCGGCCAGUAGAAUUGAGUCGGUUGUUCAAGAAACAUGGCUGGGAUUGGAACAGCUUCUACAUUAUGUUGCUGACGUUCAUGGCGUUGUAUGACGAGUUUGAAAAAUGAAGUUUGAAUGAAUAAAUUCGAAAAAUCAA